AUGAGCAAAUCAAAAGAAAGUGCAGCCAACCAGGCCGUGUUGGUCUACAUGAUAAAACAGAACAGACCGUACAGCGUACAAGACGUGUUUCAGAAUAUGGGCAAAGACUUAGGGAAAACGGCAUGCACUAAAGCCAUGGAAAGUCUUGCAGCUGAGGGUAAACUGAAGGAGAAGGUUUACGGCAAACAGAAAGUUUACGUCGCUGAUCAGAGUCAGUAUCCUGCAGUUGAUGACACAGAAAUUAAAGCCAUGGAUGAAAAGAUAGCCCAGCUGAAUGACCAGAUUAAACUUCACAGCGACGGAAUCCGCACACUGGAGUCGGAGCUUCAUCUGUUCAGUGGUGUUUUAUCAACUGCUGCUGCUCGUGAUGAACUCAGUAACAUUUAUCCAGAGAUUGAAAAGCUGAAAGCAAAACUUGCGAAGCUGAAAGAGGGUCGAGUACUAAUCUCAAAAGAGGAGAAAGACAAAGUGUAUAAUAACAGAGAAAAGUAUGUGAAAGAGUGGAGAAAAAGAAAGAGAAUUGCAUCAGACAUUUUCAAUUCGAUACUGGAAGGAUACCCGAAGACAAAGAAGCAGUUGUUUGAAGAUAUUGGGGUAGAAACUGAUGAGGAUUGUAAUGUAAAAGUGCCCGAUAAGUGA